AAAGCCCUACUCUCUCCUCCUGCUGCUGGGUCUGGAUGCUUUUAUUUCACCCCACUUUCUUUUGGGAUCUGAUUCCUGAAUCAAUGCAACUCCUUUUGAUGCUGAGAUCAGAGAAAAUACCCUGGUGGAUUUAAGAGUUUUUCCUCCCCUUUUUUUUGCUUGGAUGUAGCAGAGGACUUUUGUUGAGACUUGGAGAGACAUUUGUUGCGCUGAUCGCAGAGCUUCAUCAGGAUCUGUCCUCCUUCCCCAUGCAUGAGAGCCCAGAACACUAAAAAAUAUAUUCUGAUCCAGAGGAUAGUUUUCAGGUCAUCAGCAAACGGGUGCAAUGAUGGAGCCCAGAUACCUCCUUCCUCACUUGCUUGCCAUCUGUUUCCUUUUGGGCAGAAUCUCAUGUUUUGGGGAUGAAGAAGAAAGAAGAUGCGACCCAAUCCGGAUUUCCAUGUGCCAGAACCUCGGUUACAAUGUAACCAAAAUGCCAAACCUGGUUGGCCAUGAAUUACAAACCGAUGCUGAGCUCCAGCUCACAACAUUCACCCCCCUGAUCCAGUAUGGCUGUUCUAGCCAGUUGCAGUUUUUUCUUUGUUCAGUGUACGUCCCGAUGUGCACCGAGAAGAUAAACAUCCCCAUCGGCCCGUGUGGGGGGAUGUGUCUUUCUGUCAAGAGAAGAUGCGAGCCGGUCUUAAAGGAGUUUGGAUUUGCCUGGCCGGACAGCUUAAACUGCAGUAAGUUCCCACCGCAGAACGACCACAACCACAUGUGCAUGGAAGGUCCCGGCGACGAAGACGUGUCCCUGCACAGCAAGUCGUCCAUCCAACCGGGCGAAGACUGUAACUCGUUCGGUCCUCUUUCUGACCAGUACACGUGGGUUAAGAGGAGCAUGAACUGCGUUCUGAAAUGUGGCUACAAUGCUGGACUCUAUAGCCGAUUGUCGAAGGAAUUCACGGACAUCUGGAUGGCCGUAUGGGCCAGUUUGUGUUUUAUAUCGACGGCCUUCACCGUUCUCACAUUCCUCAUUGACUCAUCCCGAUUUUCCUACCCCGAGCGACCCAUUAUAUUUCUGAGCAUGUGCUAUAAUAUUUAUAGCAUAGCUUUUAUUGUGAGGCUGACCGUGGGUCGGGAAAGGAUAUCCUGUGAUUUUGAGGAGGCAGCAGAACCUGUUCUCAUCCAAGAAGGGUUGAAGAACACAGGAUGUGCCAUUAUUUUCUUGCUGAUGUACUUUUUCGGGAUGGCUAGCUCCAUCUGGUGGGUUAUCCUGACAUUGACCUGGUUUUUGGCAGCCGGACUCAAGUGGGGACACGAGGCUAUCGAAAUGCACAGUUCCUAUUUUCACAUCGCGGCCUGGGCUAUUCCGGCUGUGAAGACCAUAGUCAUAUUGAUCAUGAGGUUAGUAGACGCCGACGAACUGACUGGCUUGUGCUAUGUUGGCAACCAAAACAUUGACGCGCUGACGGGCUUUGUGGUUGCCCCACUUUUUACCUACUUGGUGAUAGGGACCCUGUUCAUCGCUGCUGGUCUUGUAGCUCUUUUUAAAAUCAGAUCCAACCUCCAGAAGGACGGCACCAAAACGGAUAAACUGGAGAGGCUGAUGGUGAAGAUCGGCGUCUUCUCGGUUUUAUACACCGUGCCGGCCACGUGCGUCAUAGCUUGUUAUUUUUAUGAAAUUUCCAACUGGACUGUUUUCCGUUACACCGCCGACGACUCCAACAUGGCGGUGGAAAUGCUUAAAAUCUUUAUGUCGUUGUUGGUGGGCAUCACCUCCGGCAUGUGGAUCUGGUCUGCCAAAACCCUCCACACGUGGCAACGGUGUUCCAACAGACUGGUCAACUCGGGAAAAGUUAAAAGAAAGAAAAGGGCCGAUGCUUGGGUAAAACCUGGGAAGGGCAAUGAAACAGUCGUAUAGUCAAACUGUUCAAGAACCUUCUUUUAAUGUUGAAGGAGAAGAAGUCUUGGUUUGCUGCCAUAAAUGAAACUCAAGAACACCCUUCGGGUUGCUUGGAGCAGUAGAUUCCCAAUGGGGUGGAAUUCUACCAAUGUUGCGAGCUGGUCAGGCCUACGACGCCCUUUGGAUGUGCUAUUUAAGACGGCAACUGGCUUCGUUUCAUCUCGCGUGUAAAGUUAAAGAGGUUGGCCAAGUGGUGGAACCAGUGACCUCUGGAAGAGAUCUCUCCGUGUUGAUAACCCUGUCCUCUACCAUUCACCACGACCUGCUGUCACUGGGGUUUUGUGGCAAAUAACAAUUUAUGCAAGUUACAAUGUGAUAAGUCUUAGUCCCCCCCAAGACUAUGUUAUGUCUACAUGAUCAGAAGGUAUGGGGGGGGGAGAGACAAGUCUACAAAGCAAAGGCCUACACCGAGGUCAUGUUGAACUCUUUGCAGCUCCGUAUCGCUUAGUAAACAAAGCCCAUGGAGUGUUGUAGUAUAAUCGCUGAACACUGGAUUCUAGAAUUUGCUUUUCUUGAUUCUGCGGUGCCUUUCAAACUGUUUUUUUUAAUGCCGUACUGCCUGACCAUCUCUUAGUUAAUGAAGCACCCUCCCCCCGUUAAUCCGUGUAGUCUACAUCCAGCUCCCUAUAGGAUCAUGGGAAUUGUAGUUAAGCGACGUGGGGAGUUAGACGUUCUAGAAAUGAAAAAUCGAGGGUUUUCUGUGUAUGUCUAGUACAAAAUGCACUAAAAAAGGAUUUCUAAGGCCAUUAGGUAGACUCCUGUGGAUUAAACACAAUGCACUAUUCGCUCUCGAGACGUUUUUUUGCUUUGUAAAUAGCAUUAGCGUAAGCUUUUGCGGUGAAAAGGAAA